UGCAAUAUUAAACUAUCCGCCCCAAAUAAUGACUUCUUUUGUCUUUUUGUUUUGUUUUCUCCUCCACAAUCUCGGCUUUUUACAGAGAAGACGUACGAUGUAACAAGUUUGACUUUUCAUAACAAAAUAAAGAUUUAUUUUAAGGAAAGAUGUUAAGUUUGUGAUGAAGCUGAGCUCAGGCUAUCGUUCAUGUCUGUGUGGGUUCCUCUGGGUUUCCUCGCAAAAACAUGCAGUACAUGGAUUGGCUAUGAUAAAUUACUCCUAGGUGUGUGUGUGUGUGUGUGUGUGUGUGUGUGUGUGUGUGUGUGUGUGUGUGUGUCUGACCGUCAGAUCCAGGAUGUACUUCAUCUCACUCUCCCAGUGUUCCCAGGAUAGACACCGGAUCCACCAGCACACUGAUCAGGAUAAGAUGAAGAGGAAGAUGACUGAGCGAAUGAUUUCAUGAGUCGGCCAUUUUGUCCUGGGGGUGUGCAAACUUUUGCAGAGGACUGUAUUGAACUGCAGCUUUGGGUCAAUGCCAGAAGCCAGGAGCAGAACCAGAGCACAGAUCAUUUAACCUCAUCAUCAUCAUCAUCAUCAUCAGUCCUCUGAUUAGAAUGAAAACGCAUCCUCAGCUCGGUGUGUGUGAGAGCUCCUUCCCUGCUCUACACCAUCAGCAGGAGCUGUAGGAGAGGAGGAGAAGGUCCAGGAGAAGGUCCAGGAGAAGGUCCAUGAUGUUCUCAGUGCGCAUUGUGUGUGCAGAUUAUUACCUGUCCAGGCCUCUGCAGCAGCUGGAUGUGUGUUUCUCUCAGUUCAGAGAUGCAGAGGUGCACAGAGUGCCUGUAGUGCGGAUAUUCGGGGCCACACCGGCAGGUCAGAAGACGUGUCUGCACGUGCACGGCGUGUUCCCGUACAUCUACGUGCCCUACGAUGGGUUUGGGCAGGAGCCGGAGCGUUACCUGCGACAGGUGGCCUUCAGCAUCGACCGCGCUGUCAGCGUCAGCAUGGGGAACCCGUCCUCACACACACAGCAUGUCUUCAAGAUCACACUCGUCUCCGGCAUGCCGUUCUAUGGGUUUCACCCUCAGGAGAAGCCGUUUAUGAAGAUUUACCUCUACAACCCUCAGAUGGUUAAAAGAGUGUGUGAGCUGCUGCAGGGUGGAGCCGUGAUGAAUAAGUGUUUCCAGCCUCAUGAAGCUCACAUCCCGUUCCUCCUGCAGUUCUUCAUCGACUUCAACCUGUACGGCAUGAACCUCCUCCACCUGUCAGCAGUGCGCUUCAGACGCCACACACCAGACCCUGGUGAGCAGGGUCAGGUUCCUGUAGCAGAUGACAGUACAUUGAAAAGCUCCAGACUGAGUGAGAGUGCGCUGGGAGGAACGUUUGUUCGGUGGGAUGAGAAUAAUUUACCCAGCUCUCUGGUCUUGGAGAACGUGGCGAGGGUGAGUGUGUGUGAGCUGGAGGCCGACGCUGUAGCAGCAGACAUCCUGAACCGGCUGGAGAUCGAGAAUCAGAUCGGAAGGAAUCCCGGACUGCAGGCCAUCUGGGAAGAUGAGAAGCAGAGACGGAGGGAGAGGAACGAGAGCUCGCAGAUAGAAACACCUCAGUCUCAGGGUCGUCCAUGUGUGGAACCGGUGGAGAGCGAGCGGUCCUUCAUGAAGCGGUUAAAGGAGAAGCUAAUAGAGAACCAGUUUGAUGUGACACAGAGUGACAUUGUAGCUGAUGAUGAUGAUGAUGGAGAUGAUGAUUUUCCUGACCUCUCACUUCACCCUGAUGAUCUGAGUCCUGGUGAUCCACCAUUGAUAUCUGCAAGCCAGGUGGAGGUGCACAAAGAUACGCCCACAGACAAUAAACGGUCUGAUGGCAAGACUGCAGAAGUGGCUGUUGUGGAUGAAGAGGCCAUUUUGAGCUUGUUGGAGAGCAGUCAGACCUUCCUGCCCAUGUCCCAGAAGUCCAACAAGUCCCUCAUUCUCGAUAACAGCCAGGAUCAGGCGAUGGUGGACUUUCUCGAGGGUCUCGCAGAUCAUCGGUUUCACAAAGACGUUCCGAUAACCGCUCCCCGUCAGGAGUUAUCAGGAAGCCUAAGCUGCCCCUACAACAGUGAUGAGGAAGAGGCGGUGCCUGAGCUCGAGAAAGAGGAGGCGGAGCUAAGCAUGAUGAUGUCACAAAGAUGGGAUACGGACAUCCCGGGACCGUCGGCUCGACGGUUGGUGAAGGAAGCAAACGAAAGCUCCAGUGAAGAUGAGCGUGAGUUGUCAGAAGAAGAGAUGGACUGGAGCGGAAACAACCUUUUUGCUGAUCUGUCCAUUCCUCAACUGGAUGGAGCUGCAGACGAGAACAGCGAUUCGUCGUUAUCUGAUAAAGGAUCCCGAACUCACUCGUCUCUUACUGCUAAUGAUAAGAUGUUGGGCAGGAAAAAUCACUUCCAAAGUGAAACUGCUCAACUAGAGCCCCCAUCCUCAGCUAAAAUCCUUCUCGAGUGCAAACACCCCGAGCAUAGACCGUCUCUAUCACUUGGUAAGGAGGAACCCGCUGACAAGAACCUUCCUGAUAAAAGUCAAGAGGCUAGUGAACCAUUAACAGGGCUUAAAGUGAAUAAAGACGUCCCUUAUAUCCCACCAGUCAAACACCCGAUUCCGUCUCAGAUUGGUGCUGACCGAGUGGGCGGGCACCCGCUUUACACCAACGAGAACAAAGCUGUAGGCGUUAACCAACCAGAUACAGAGAGUUUGAGUCUCGGAACCUCGAAGCUCUCCCAGAGCCGCAAAAAGUACAGCAGCAUCAAAAAUGCUGAGAAGAAUCACAUCUCCGUCUUGCAGAAUCGCAGCUUUUCCUUGUGCUAUUCCGAGCUCAGGAACUAUCCCCCUAAAGCUGAGCUGGAGAAGAGUGUGAAAGACUCUAGAACCUCUCCUGUGCUGAGGAAUCAUGAGCAAGCUCCGAGCCCAGUGAAAGACCUCGAGUGUCUGGUACCUCAAGAAGGUAAAACGGAGCAGAACGGCGAAGAGGGUGAUGUUGGGGAGCUUAAGAUCAGAUACGAAGAUUACCAAGAAAACAAAACGGAACGGAAAAUUGUGGCCCAGCAGGAGGCGCACUACAAAUUCUUUCCCAGUGUUAUUCUCUCAAACUGCCUCCCCAGGCCUGUGAAGAAGCAGGUCGGGUGUAAGACGAUUGACGGCGGUUGUAGCUUGGAUCAUCUGGAACAAAAAAGGUCAAGAAUGAAGUUAAGCAAGAAGAGGAACAGUCCAGUGAGUCUAAAGAACGCAAGCCCGACUGAGAGUUCCCAAACUUCCAAAAAUGAGGUUGCUACAGAUUUGACCUCAAUCACACCAGUCCAACCAAGCAAGGAAGCUGUGGAGAACGCUGAGACGGAAACCUCUGAACUAGUACAACCUGAUGCUGUAGGUACCGAUUCAGCUGAAGGUCCUGUCGAGGAAGGUCUGACUGAUCUUCCCGACAAAAUCGCGUGUACCGAAGUGUCUAGUUUACCUGGCAGCAAGUAUACCUUACGCACGAAACGUAAAACGAUGAAUUAUGACAGUGAAGAUGGUGAUCGCUCGAGUCCUUCCUCUUUCUUGGCACAUCGAGACAGCCUUAAAGAGAACUGUUUUCUUACCUGUAAUCGAAAAAAGAGGAAGUUGUCUAAGAAAGAGCCACCAGUCAUCAUCAAAUACAUUAUAAUCAACAGGUUUAAAGGCCAGAAGAACAUGUUAGUAAAGAUGGCCAGGGUCAAGGGAGAUGAGCCACAAGUGGUACUAACACCACAGAAGCUUGAGCAUUAUGAUGAACUUGCCCCUCUGAAAGAUUUCUGGCCCAAGGUUCCUGAAUCGACAGCUGUCAGAUACCCUGUUCCUGAACCGAAGGUAAAGAAGCAUCCCAAACGGAAGGCCAAGGUUACACCACAACCUGGGAAACUCUGCAACCUUCCAAAAACCAGUUUUGUAAAAGGCAGCAAGAUCAGAAGGACUAAGAAGGUUAAAACGUUCUCGUUACCAAAAUUGCCUGCUCCUAGGCCUUGCUAUAAUGACCUCACCGACGACUUCGGCAAGGAGUAUUCUGACGUGAUGAUGGAUUUGGGUUAUCUCUCUGAGAGAGCACCCAGUCCUUCUGAUUCAACCCCACCUCGAUGCUGGUCUCCUACUGACCCUCUUUUGGAGUCGGAGUCCAAUGCUUGUUUGAUAAACCCUCAUAGCGAUCCAUGUCUUGGGCUUACAUAUGAAGGAUUGUCAAGGAACAAAUAUAGCAGUAGGGGUAGGUCAUCUAAACCGAGGAAGCCUUCCGGUGCUAGCCCAAGACGAAAAACUAAAACCACUAUUAAGCAAUCUGAAGGUGAAUGUACAACACCUGGAGAAACGCAAACAAAAAACAGCCGUAGAACUUCAAGAAAACCAAAGAAAGUCAUCGAUACGAUGGAAGUAACUGAUGAUAGCAAAACUGCUGCUCAGAAAACAAGGAGGUCUUACAAAAAGAACCAAGUAGAGAGAUUGGAAAGGUCUUCUGUGGUUGCAGGAUUUCAAAAUAGUUCACAGUCUUUGUAUCCAGCUGAUGAUCUUCCACUAACACAAACAUCAUCUGAUGAUUAUUGGCAUCCAGGUUCCUGCCAAAACAUUCUUCAGGUCAGUAGUGAUUCCCAAGCACUACAAUGUACCACUGAACCAAAGACAGUGUUGGUCCAGUCGAACACUGGAGAUGAACUGGUCAUCAGUGUCCCUGCUUCACUACAACAAGGUUCUCAGUCUUCUCAGAGUGCUGCUGAUCUUUCUGCUGACAAAACCACUGGAUUUCCAUGCUCGGUCAUCAAACAUAGCCCAAGUUCACGCGCUGUAAGUGAAGAUGGAACCAGUCCGUGUGAAUUUAAAACCGAGCCCUGUAGCGGAGAACAAUCCUCUAAAGAUGUUCAUUCUUUACAGCCAGACCCAAAGAAGCCUGCCAAGCCCAGGAGACGUCAAUCCAAAAAGAAGAUGGAAAACCCUACUGUACAAACCCCUGAGAUUACGACAUCCUUGAAUGUUUUAACGCAUGGACCUCAAAAAGAAAUUCAGUCAGUGCCAAAGAACGGACAGACGCCAGCUCAUCCAGAGAUGCCUUCAGGCAUUGCAGUCUUGAAGGCACUGCUCCAGAAGAGACAGUUCAAGGAGGGGCAGUGCUCUCCGGGAGAAAACGUAUUAAACAGUGUUUCUAACACUAAACAAGUUCUUGCAAAACCCAGAAGGGCAUCUUCAGCGACACCAAGAAAGCCCAGAGUCUCGAGACCUCCAGUGCCACGAGUGUCUAAGCCAGGAAGUAGAAAAAGAAAGAAUGGCAAAACAGAAGACCACAUUCGACUGGAACCUCCGCUUUCAGACGGGAGUCCUGUGUUUUUGUCUGAUCCUGGUUUCGACAGCUCCUAUUCCAUAGAAGAGAGCUUAUCUCCUGAGGUUCCUCACAAUUACAGUUUUGACAUUAAUGCUGUUGGCCAGGCUGGCUUCUCUAGUCUGUAUUCUGGUAGCCAGUUUGUUUUAACAGACAAGAACUUGCCUCAGAAGUUCCUCAGCGAUAUCAAACAGGAAGCAGUGUCUUCUCUGCAUUUGGAAAACGGACAAGAAAGGGUCCUAGACGUUGUCGAGAACUGCCUGCGUGAACCACAGAGGCCGGUUAGCCCUGAGCUCUUUGAGAGAUCCUCAUGUGGAGACCGUGAAGGGUUAUCAAAUGAGUUCUCUCUGUCUCUUCUGGACUCUGAGAAGGUUUUGAGAAACAGAAAUUGGGGCAUUUCAUUGGCCAAAAUGCAUGGCAGCCAUUUUCAAGACUUUCACUGUGAGAAAAGUGACUUGUUAUUAGGUCCUGAUCACUUCUUAUCCCUUACAUCCGUCUCCUUUGCUGAUAACGGCGUGUCCCCGACAGCGGAUUUGCUGGACGGUAGUGAAGUUUUUACAUCAACUACUCCAAGCAGUUCACCACGGUCUAUCAGCUCUCUCUCACAAAUUAGAAGCAGCAGUCAGGCUCAGAAGAGUGCAGGAGUGCAUAUCCUCAAGCCCCUAAUGUCCCCUCCGAGUCGGGAGGAGAUUCUCUCUAACCUGCUGGAGCUGGAACUUUCAGAGGCCACCUAUCAAGAGCCUUUCUGCAGCGACCCGUCUGACGUACCUUUGAGACCAAGAGAGAUCGCUGGACGCAAGCUAGUUCUGGAAACAAGGUUAGCAAAAGAUUUGACCGAGUUUGUUGGUGGUUUAUCACAAGAAGGUCUGCACUUCUGGAAAACUGCAUUCUCUGCCAUGACACGCCCGGGAUCUUCACCUUCCCGUGGUACCGACUCGUCAAACUUGACCAAAGACGAGAAGGACCGGAGCAGUCCGUCCCCUAGUAGUGGUCAGAAGGUCAUUCUACUGCCUUGCAAAAGCGCUCCAAGCCGGGAACGUGUACAACUCUGGCUGCAAGCGAAGAGACAAUUUGAGUGCCUUCAAAGAGAUCGGAGAAGACGAGUUGAUGUGCGGAACGUGAUGUUGGUCCAGGAUGAGAAUAAAUCUCCACGCUAUGAGGCAUUAGAAAGCUUUUUGCCUCUCUCUCAGAGGCAGGAUGAGGCGUCUGAAAAGGUGUCUGUGUUGCAGACUCUCAGGAAGAAGGUGUUGUCUUUGCCUCUCAGUAUAUCUCCAGUGCAGCCAGGAACUUCUAAUAACAGCCCAAAGGAGACGAAAUGUACCAUGGAGGCUGAAAUCAGAGCGCAAGAGGACACUGAUGGGAACUCUUUCAAACCGACUCCGUCUCCAGACCCUUCCUCUUUGCCACCAUGGCAGCAAACAUCCAACAACAUGGAUCCGGACAACAAGAAGCAGGAGUUGGGCUUUGGAUUAACGUCCCCCAAGCUAGGUGGCUCCGUGGAUCCUCUCUCCCCAGAAAGCAUCAAACCAAAGCAGUUUCUCAGUCCGUCCCCAUUUCAUAUAAAGGACCAGGAUGUGGAGAGUUCAAGUCCCUCCCUCCUCCACAGCACCCCCAUCCACAGCAAGACGAGAAGCAAAGGAGUCUGCCAGCCUGAAUGCAGUCCUGGAUCAGAAGACAUGGAGCCAAAGUCUCUGAGACUUCAGCAAAGACGGAAUAGCAACACGAGCGCGCUACGUAGAGUACUGCUCACUACACAACUUAAGAACCAGUUCGCUGGUCUGAAUGUAGCUAAAGGGGAGAACUCCGAGAUCGAGGGUCCGUCGCUGUGCAACUCGUACGGGUUUAAAGUCGGCAUGCAGAACCUACAGGAAGCUAAAGCGCUGCAUGAGGUGCAGCACCUAACGGUGAUGAGUUUGGAGCUGCACGCUCGGACACGCCGUGAUUUGGAGCCCGACCCUGAGUUUGACCCCGUUUGUGCCUUAUUUUACUGCCUCAGUUCCGAUAGUCCGCUUCCUGACUCGGAGAAAAAACAGAUAACCGGCGCAGUCGUGGUUGAUAAGGACUGUCGCUCAUCAGGACAAGGCUCGAGGAGCACAGCGCCCCUGCUGGUCAGAUCCGGUGUUGCGGACCUGCAGGUCAUUUACACUGUGGAUGAAAAGGAGAUGUUUGAGGAAGUCUGUAAAAUAAUGAGAAUGUAUGAUCCUGAUAUUUUGGUUGGUUAUGAGGUUCAGAUGCACUCUUGGGGUUACCUGUUACAGCGAGCAUCAGCACUCGGAGUGAAUCUGUGCCAACAACUUUCCCGAGUGCCAGGUGACGUGAAGGAGAACCGCUUCACUGAAGAUAAAGAUGAGUACGGCACCGAGGUGAUGACGGAGAUCCACAUCGUCGGACGCAUCACCAUCAACCUGUGGAGGAUCAUGAAGACCGAGGCAGCAUUGAAUAACUACACCUUUGAGACUGUGGCGUUUCACCUGCUGCAUCAGCGCUUCCCUCUUUACACACAGCGUACACUCUCUGACUGGUUCGACCACAGCACACACCUGUACAGGUGGAAGGUGGUGGAUCACUACAUGAGCCGUGUGUGUGGCGUGAUGCAGCUCCUGCAGCAGAGGGAUGUUGUGGGUCGCACCAGCGAGUUUGCGCGAGUGUUCGGGAUUCAGUUCUACCACGUCCUCACACGAGGCUCUCAGUACCGUGUUGAGUCGAUGAUGUUGCGCAUUGCUAAGCCGUUGAACUUUAUAGCGGUGAGCCCGAGCGUGUCUCAGCGAGCCCAGCAGAGGGCGCCUCAGAGUGUCCCUCUGAUCCUGGAGCCUGAGUCUCGUUUCUAUAGCAACUCGGUGCUGGUGCUGGACUUCCAGUCUCUCUACCCGUCUGUCAUCAUCGCCUACAACUACUGCUACUCCACCUGCCUCGGCCACGCCCACAGCCUCGGAACGUCUGAUGAGUUUAGGUUUGGUUGUACAUCUCUGCGUGUUCCUCCUGAUCUUCUCUAUCAGCUCCGUAAUGACAUCAACAUCUCUCCAAAUGGAGUCGCCUUCGUUAAGGCGUCGGUGCGUAAAGGUCUGCUCCCCCGGAUGUUGGAGGAGAUCCUAAACACUCGUCUGAUGGUGAAGUCGGUGAUGAAGUCGUACAGCGGUGAUGAAGGUUUGCGUCGCCUCCUGGACGCUCGGCAGCUCGGCCUCAAGCUCAUCGCUAACGUCACCUUCGGCUACACGGCCGCCGCCUUCUCCGGACGCAUGCCCAGUGUGGAGCUUGGAGACAGCAUCAUACACAAAGCCAGAGAGACGCUGGAGAGAGCCAUCAAACUCAUCAACGACACCAAGAAGUGGGGGGCACGCGUAGUGUACGGAGACACAGACAGUAUGUUUGUGUUGUUGAAGGGGGCGACUAAAGAGCAGGCGUUUAAGAUCGGCAGUGAAAUCGCUGAAGCGGUGACGGCCACCAACCCCAAACCCAUAAAACUCAAAUUCGAGAAGGUGUACCUGCCGUGUGUGUUACAGACUAAGAAGCGCUACGUGGGCUACAUGUACGAGUCUGUGGAUCAGAAGGAUCCGGUGUUUGACGCUAAAGGCAUCGAGACCGUACGCCGUGACGGCUGUCCUGCUGUUGCCAAGAUCGUGGAGCGGUCAGUGAAGCUGCUGUUUGAGACGAGGGAUAUCUCUCUGGUGAAGCAGUACGUACAGAGGCAGUGUGUGAAGGUUCUGGAAGGCAGAGCGAGUGUGCAGGACCUGACUUUCGCUAAAGAGUACCGCGGCAGCGCCUCCUACAGGCCAGGAGCGUGCGUACCUGCACUCGAGCUCACCAGGAGAAUGAUGGCGCACGACCGUCGUUUGGAGCCACGGGUGGGCGAGCGUGUGCCGUACGUCAUCGUGUACGGUUCUCCUGGAGUUCCUCUGAUCCAGCUGGUGCGGCGCCCCCUGGAGGUUCUGCAGGAUCCUGCACUGCGCCUCAACUCCACCUACUACAUCACCAAACAGAUUCUCCCUCCUAUCGCUCGCAUAUUCAGCCUGAUCGGGGUCGACGUGCUCAGCUGGUACCACACCCUGCCCCGGGUGCAGAAGUGGUCUUCAUGUCCAGGAGGUGGCGCUGUAGGAGACGAGUCUCUGAGGAAGGGGACAAUCUCGCAGUACUUCACCACGCUGCACUGCCCGGUGUGUGAUGAGCUGACUCAGCUGGGAGUGUGUGAGCGCUGCAGAGCUGAACCUCAGCGCGUCGCCGUCACGCUACAGCACAACCUCCGAGGGUGGGAGCAACAACACGACCAGCUCCUGAAGGUGUGUAUGAGCUGCAGCGGAAGUGCAGACAGACAGGCUGUCUGUGUCUCUCUCGACUGUCCGGUGUUGUAUAAACUGUCCCGGGUGAACAGACAGCUCCACAACGCCCCCUACCUGCGACAGCUACUGCAACAACUCUAACACCACCUGUCUGUCUCUCUAUAUCUGUCUGUCUCUCUAUAUCUGUCUGUCUCUCUUUCAGUUAAUGUGGUGCUACAUUGUCGGAGUUUGUGUGUUUAAGUAUAAAACGGUGCUGUGUGUGUGUGUGUGUGUGUGUGUGUGUGUGUGUGUGUUGCAGUGGUGCUUUAUAAAUCCGAUCUGAUUGGAGUUGCUGCUGUUGGUUUUGUUGUGUUUCUGAUGUGUGUGUGUGUGUGUGUGUGUGUGUGUGUGUGUGUGUGUGUGUGUGUGUGUGUGAGUGUGAGGGAGUGUUUAUGGCGUACGCCAUCCAGUUAGAGACGUCUCGGCAACUACAGGCCCCGCCCCUCGUGUGUACACUGGAACAUGUUGGACGGGAACGGGGUGGAAAAAUGUUUCUUCCUUUCGUUUCAGUUCCUUUCAGUGUUUCAGAUUUCUUUCAAGACAAAAUGUCACUUGUUUUCACUUUUAAAGUAUUAAAACUCUAACGCCGAGUCGUGACGGAGCGCCGUGUUUUAGCGUGAACGAUGUAAACUGUGUGUAAAUAAACGCUGUAACGUGAGCAGACGUUCGCUGAGAGUCCGAUCUCCGUCGCUGUGCUGUAACACGCGUCACGCUCAGGAAGAGGACGUGUCAUCAGGUCACACGUCUUUUUUUAAGGCUCCUAUAUUUUGGACGAGUUUGAUAGUGUUAUAAUCGAUCAUUUCAUAAAAUGGCUGAACGUGUAAAUAAGUGUUUUAAACAAAAACCUGGGAUUUUUCACAACUUCCUGUUUCAGCGGUUUUCGUUGCGGCGGUGCGGUUUUACAGAGAAACACUAAUCACUGCAUUUUAAACAAACACGGAACGGACGUUUCUCUGCGUCGUGUAAACGGACUGAAAUCCCGAAUGUGUUCGCAGUGACCUGUACAAAGAAGACAAAACUGUGUCUGUAAACGUGUACAAAGUUUGUGUUUGUUUUUUUAAUGGAUGUUGUGGGACUGAGGGGAAAACUACAAAAACAAAACUGAUUUAAUAAAAUGUGACGUAUUCAAUGAA